AUGGCGUCAGUGAUUAGAGGGUUCAGGGAUAUACUUUUCCUGAGUUAUGCGGACGAUACCUACAUCCUGGGACCAGCGGCUAGGAUCUUAGAGGCUUUUGGGGUGCUGCGGGAGCGGUUGGAGUGGGUGGGGCUGGAGGUGCAGGCGCACAAGUGCCGGUUUUGGGAGCGCGAAGGCGGGGAUGUGGAGCGGGCACUGCCAUUAGGGAUGCAGCGGGUGGAGGAGGGUCUCACGGUGGUGGGCGUACCUAUUGGGGAGGAGGAUUGGGAGGCCGCGAGUGAUGUUGCGCAGUUGGGGGUGGCGGGGGAAGAGGCGAUGUUUCCAGAGUACCUCACCACCUCUGGAGGGGCGGAGCUUCUUGACCCUUGGUUUGCCAAGGCUAUUGAGCAGCUGCCAGCGACUAUACGCAAGGAGAUGCCGGGCUUACCUCUUUAUGCAGCGACUUCCCCUCUUCGACUUUUCCAGGCGCGGCAGCGGCAGUUGGCUGUAGAGGAGCUCCAGGCACUGCGCCGCUCGGCUCGUGACGAUGCCACCCUGGCCCGUUUCACAUCCCUUCAGGGCCCGGGGGCUGGUGCAUGGGUUUCGGCGGUCCCGGCUCACUCAGAUCUCACAUUCACUGCGGCGGAGUGGGGCAUUGCUGCUGCUAUACGGCUCGGUUUCCCAAUUCAGCAGCUGCAGGUCGCGGGGAGGUGUGUUUGUGGCACAGCGUAUGUUGACCCAGCAGACCCGCAUCAUGCCUUGAGAUGCAAGCACCAUCACGGCCCAUUUCGGGUGCAUGACGAGGUGAAAUUUGCAUUGGCGAGGAUCUCUAAGGCGUCAGGGGGGGUGGUGACGAUGGAGGAUGGUGUGGUGCUGCCGGGGAAGUGGGUUGACGUGGCGGUGCGACGACCAAUGGCCGGGGAGGCUCACGCUCUAGAGAUCAGCGUCGCGAACCCGCUAUCGCUGUCCCCAUCUCUGCUAGGGCAGUGCGGUCGUUCUAUUGGUGUGGCGGCAAGGGAGUGGGAGCGUCACAAAACGAGUGAUUACGCGCCUCUGCUUGCGCGCAACCGGGGCGUGCAGUUCACUCCGUUGAUAGUAGAGACGUGGGGAUGUCUUGGCGGGCGUUUCUGGCAGUGGCUUCGACGACAGGGGGAUGCACACGUGGGGCUAGCCGAGUCACGUGGGGCUUGUCGGGAGGAUGACUUUUCGUUUUCGGCUUAUCUUUUGGGGUCUCUAAAGGCGCUCAUUGGGGUAGCGUUACAACGGGUGCAAGCUCGUGUCAUCUUGCUUCGAGCGGCGUCUUCUAUGGGGGGGAUGAAUGUGGACUUGGUGGACCGGGAGAAGGACGACGUCGAGGAGGAGGGUGGGGCUCUUUGGGUGGAGGCCCCGUAUAUGGUGGAUGCGCAAAUGCGAAAUGGGGUGCGGGAUGGGGUGUGUUGA